ACCCCGGAGUCCAACCCGACCGCCUCUAUUACACCACUGAAGAAGACGCGGCCCAUAUGAUGCUCCACUAUGAAGGCUAGCAGGGCAGCUUCUGCCUCUGACUUCACAGAAUAAGCCUUGUUCUUUCUUACAAGUGCUGCAUCCACACACUACCUGGACUCAAGUAGAUGCGACGCCGAAUUAAUAUCUUGGUCCUGCAGAAUGUCCAAGAUCAGGCGGAAGGUAACAGUGGAGAAUUCAAAAACCAUAUCUGAUAGCAGCAGCAGCAGCAGCACCACGACCAGCAGCACCAGCAACCCCGCCCCCCCUUCCCGCCGGCCCAGUGUGUUUGAGAGACUUGGCCCCAGCACUGGGAGUAAUGCUGCUGAUAGUCACUGUAGAAAUUGGCUGAAGACCGGUAAUUGCAGUUACGGCAACACUUGUCGCUACACACAUGGAACUCAGCCACGAGGCAAAGGAUUUAGCUUUAGUCGGUCAGCCGAGAGACCCACAGGUGAUCUGCGGGAGAGGAUGAAGAAUAAAAGACAGGAUGUUGACCCAGAAAACUUGAAACGAGACUUAGACGAGCCCACAUCCCCCACAGCGAGACAGAGAGACUCCUCCCGAGGCCGACACAGGGAAAAGGAGGAUAUAAAGAUCACAAAGGAGCGCACCCCAGCCAGUGAAGAAGAGCCCACAGAGUGGGAAACCAAUCGUGAAGACUCAGAUAUUGGUGACUACGACUACGAGUUAUCACUAGAGAUGAAGCGCCAGAAGAUUCAACGUGAGCUGAUGAAAUUGGAGCAGGAGAACUUGGACAAGAGGGAGGAGAUUGUCAUCAAGAAAGAUGAGACCCCCACCAAAACAAGAGCCACCGCCAUGUCGAAGGCCUCCCCAGAGCCGUUAAGCAGUAAAGAUUCACCCUCAUCCAGGAAGUCCAGUGGAUCCCCAAAACACAAAAGUGGAACCAAAGGCCUGGGCUCUGGGAAGAAAGAGAAGAAGGCACCGGUGUCAUCCCCUGUUACAGAAUCUACCAGGCCUUCAAAAGGGAGCCACAGUAAGAAGAAAGGGCCCCGCACCCCCAGUCCUCCUCCCCCAGUCCCUCUGGACCUUCCUGUGAUGGGGAAGAAACACAAAGGCAAGCACAAAAACAAGGAGAAGUCCGAGGAGAAGCAGAAGGAGGGGAAAGAUCGGGGGCGAGAUACAGAGAAACACAAAGAGAAGAAGGAAAAACGCAGGGACCGAUCAGACAGUUCCCACAAGGCCAAGCGGUCAGUGGCAUCAGAGGAGCGUUCUGGUAGCGUGUCAUCUCCCUCUAGGGGCACUUCACCCCCAGCCAGGAAGAAGUCCACCUCUCCUAAAGCUUCGUCCCAUAAGACGCCUGCACUGGCCUCCCCUCCCCGCAGGUCACCAACUCCCCCACGCCACCAGCGCACCCCCACCCCUCCCCGCCACCACUCCCCAUCCUCCCACUCGGGUUCCUCUGCGCAGCGGCACUCUUCGUCUCCUCGUCGGCGCCGCUCGUCCUCACCCACCUACCACCGGAGCACAGCAGCCCCGGCCUCCGCCUCCUCCCCUCCGAGCUCCCGGCGCUCCCGAUCACCUCCGGCCUCCCACAGCGCCUCCUCGCCCCACCGCCGAUCCGACCGAUCGAGCCCCAGCCAACGCCGCUCCAGGGGCCGCGAGAGGAGCCGCGAAAGGAGCCGUGGUGAAAGAGAGAGGAGUCCGCCUGCUCAGGAGCGCAGACAGGAGCGCAGAGAUGAAAGCCGCAGCAAGCGAGAGAAGGACGGCGUCCGCGACGACCGCGACUAUGACUCUGAACAGGUCUCGUCACGGGACGCUCGUGACGACCGGGAGACCAGAGAGGCUCGCGAGCGACGGGACGCCCGCGACCGAGGAAGGGAACCCACUCGAGACUCUCGCGACCACCGAGACAACAGGGACGUAAAGGACUCUAGAGAGAGCAGGACAGAGACCCGCUCCAGUCGGGAGUCGCUGGAGCGUAGAGACCGCGAGCGGGAACGAGAGAGGGACCGGGAGAAGGAGAAGGAGAGGGAAAGAGAGCGAGAAAAGGAGAGAGAGAGGGAGAGGACUGACACCCACAGGAAGGAUGAACCGGCUCCGGAUGACAGGAGUUACGGGAGAGGUCAUGGACGCGAAGAUGCAGGCAGAGCUGAAGGAAGGACGGAGAACAGGACGGACAGAGCUGAGAGGAACGGACGAGGGAGAGGGCGUGCUAAUGAAACAUCUGAUAAAGGCACAAACAGAAACUCCCGGGGUUCCCAACUGGAAAGCAGCCAUGAAAACUGGGAGUCACGGAGCGGCUCGUUGCGUGAACGGAGCGUGGAGAGGAGCACAGAUCGCAGUGCAACCGAAAAGAGCUCUGAACGGGGUUCAGACCGAGACCGCUAUGAGGGUGACAGGAGAGGAGAGCAGGCCAGAGACUCCUCAUACGACAGGAGAGGAGGGCACGGAGAGCGGGAUCGCAGAGACAACCGAGACAGAGGUGGAGAUCAAAGAGCAGCCUCCCCAAAUAGACACCAGAGAUCAGAGGAGUCUGAGAGGGAGGAGAGGAGGGAGGAGCGAAGGACAGACAGAACGGACGAGAGACGAGACGACAGGACCCGUGACCGGGAGCGAGAGAGAGACAGGGAGAGGGACAGGGAGCGGGAGAGAGAGAGGGAGAAAGAGAAGGAGCGGGAGAGGGAGAAGGAGAAGGAGCGAGAGAAGGAGGCCGAGAGGGAGCGGGCCAGGGAGAGAGAGCGAGAGCGGGAACGAGAGAGGGAGAGGGAGCGAGAGAGGGAAAGGGAGCGGGAGGAGAGGGAGCGAGAGAGGGAGGAACGGGAGAGAGAGAGGGAGAGGAAGGAGCGAGAAAGAGAGAGGGAGAGGGAGAGGGAGAGAGAGAGGGAGCAGCGGGAGCGAGAGAGGCAGCGGGAAUGGGAGGAGCGAGAGAGAGGACGAGAGGAAAGGCGGGAGAGGAGAGAUGACACCAGGGACGACCGGUCCGUCAGAGACACCCGGGACGACCGCAAGACGAGUCGGAAAAGGCCCAGGGUGGAGAGCAGCCCGAGUCCCCGAUCCUCGCCUAAGCGAGCAACGCGUGACGUCAGUCCUGCAGACAGCGACGGCUACAACAGCGCGGAAGAGAAAAGUGAGCGCCAUCGCUUGCUGAGCCAGGUGGUGCGGCCCCAGGAGCCAUUGUUGCGUACUCCGCCGAGGGCGACUCCUUCUGAUGAGAAGCCCAGUCACUGGAAGGAAGAGGAGCGCAGAGGAGCCGGGGACAAAAGGGAAGUACGCAGCCGCCACGAGGACCUGGAGCCUCGCGUGGAACGAAGCAGAGGCGAGAGGCGAGGAGAGCACCUCGCAGACGCCCCGUCUGACUCCCGUAGCAGAGGCAGAGACCAGCGAGAGUCCACGCCGCCUCCUCCCCCUCCCCCUCCACCUCCUGCGGUCCUCACCACUGGCAGCGAAGACAAAGACACCGCCGGCUCCCAGUCCCACGAGGAGGGCAAAAAGAAGAUAAAGUCGCAGAGGAAGGGCUUGAAGAAGGGUCGCAAAGAAGAGGAGAUUGCCGUUAGCAACAGCCUAGCUGGCGCAGGAGAUCGUUUCAACCCCGAGCCUCCGACCAGCAUUCCUACAGAUGCACCUCCACCCUUACCCUUACACUCCCCCAGGAAAGGAGCCAAGAAGAAGGCGCUUGAUCGGAAGAGGAAACGGUCACGAGAAGGAGAAUCCGAUGUGUCUGAUGAGGAUUUAUCUGCCCCUCAGCCACAUAAUAAGAAGAAGAAAGGUCCUCGGACGCCACCACCCUCCAUGAGGCCUGAUCUUCGCGGUACAGUAGUUAACACGGAGCCAUCUCCUCUGUCCAAAAUGGACAACUUCAGUGACUGGUCAGAUGAGGAGGUCACAGACCGAGGAGUACCACUGGAAACACAAGCUCCACCGGCUCCGGCUGAGCCUCUUAAGAGAGCUGGUGUUCCCAGAGUGGGCAGGGACAGGGAGCGGUGCAACCCUCCUCCCAUCGCCCCUCUGCUGCCCCAAGAUCCUCCGAUGCUGCUGCAGACUCUGACUCCGCAGCCCCUCAUGUCCCAGCCGCUGCUCCGCAAACUCCCCCCGGAGCAGACGCGCAGCAGCAGCAUGGGGAGCAACCAGAGCCGCACCUCGUCCAGACGCCUGCGAUCGCCCUCCAACGAGUCGGCCCAUCGAGAUGACCCCCAAGGUCCGCGACCCCGCCGGGGCAGGCUGCAGGGCGCCAACUCUCGGGACCGAGAAAGAGAACGCGAGAGGGAAAGGGAGAGAGAGAGGCCCGUCGUGACUGAGCCUCCAGGGGCCGAGAGGAAGUCUCGAAUUGACCAGUUGAGGAGAGGAGAGCCCAGCCGCAGCACCUCCUCAGACCGGCAGGAUUCCCACAGCCACAGCUCCAGGCGCAGCUCUCCUGACUCUGAGCAGCAGGCCAGGUCCAGGUCCCGCGCCGGCUCCUACGACAGUCGAGAACGGGAGAGAGAGAGGGAGCCGUUUGAGCGGGAACGAGACCGAAAGGACCUCCGGCCUCAGCAGCAGCAGCAGCAGCAGCAGCAGCAACAACAACAACAACAACAGCAGCAGCAGCAGCCGCCGCUGCUCCUCCAGCAGCCCCUACAGCAACAGAGAGACUGGGAGCCUGAGCCUAGGGACUGGCCUAGCAGGGGACGGGAGCCCCUACUGAUGCGUCCUGGCCGGGAACCUCUCCUGAGGGAGCGGGAUAUCAGGGACAGGGAACGCUUACUCCCUGAAGGACUCCUCCAGCAGCAUGAUCGGGAGCGGGAAAGAGAGCGAGAGAGGGAGAGGGACGGUAGAGGCGACAGAGGCGGCGAUCGAGAGAGGGAGAGGAUGAUGAUGAUGGACCUGCCGCCCCACGGGGACCCCAGGGCCCCAGGACGAGGGGACCUGAGGGGUGAUAUGAGAGGAGACCUGCGAGGGGAAAUAAUGAGACCGGAGAGGAGCGACUAUGAGCCUCUGCUGCCGAGAGCAAUCUUCAGCCCCGCAGAGCCGGAGAAACCGAGCAACAGUCACCAUCCCAUCGGAGAGCAGCGGGAGCUGGAGAAGACCGACAGCAUCGAUGGAGACGAUGAUGGGAAAGAAGACGAUGGCCAGUCAGUCGCAUCUAUGGUAGAGGAGUAUGAGCCAAUCAGUGAUGACGAGCUGGAUGAAAUUCUGGCUGACAGCCAGAAAAAAGAGGAUCAACAAGACGAGGAAAAAAUUACAGGUCCUCUGGAUGUCAUUGAUGUGGACUGGUCCAGCCUGAUGCCCAAACAGAAGCAGGAACCCCGGGCAGCAGGGGCAGCCUUGCUCCGGUUCACCCCAGGGGCCGUGCUUCUCAGGGCGGGCAUCUCCAAGCGACUUGCUGGGCCUGAGCUCCUGGAGCAAGUCAGAGAGGUGUGCAAGUCUGAGCUGGACGACCCCAAAGAUGCUGACAAGCUGUUUGAGCAUGACCUGGGGGCUCUGAACAUGGCAGCCCUGAACAGGCGGGUGGAGAGGGCAGGUUUACUGAGAAACCUCGGACCCUGCUGCAAGGCCCUGUGUGCCCGCAGGGACUUCGCCAUCCGCCGGCAGCUGUUAAAAAACGACAAGGGCCUAACCAAGCAGUACCCCACCACGCCCGUGGUAGACAACGAGCUGCUGCAGAUGAGCAUGCGUCUCUUCAGAAGGACCAUGGCCGGCCAGGCCUCGGCCCCAGAAAGGUCCGACGCUGGGUCGGCAGCAGCAGCACCAACACCAACACCAGCACCAGCAGCAGCAGCAGCACCUGCAGCAGCAGCUCCACCACCAGCAGCAGCAGCAGCCGAGGCCGCUCCAGCUCCAGCUGAUAGUAGUAAGCUCAGCACAGCACAGCCCGAGGUGUGCGUGUCCUGAAAGAAAUGGGUUUAAUUAACAUGAAAGUGAAGACGUCUAACUCUCCCUGACUCUGUCCCCUUUCAUUUCAUACAUAGCAGUUUUUAGUCAGGACAGGAAAAAUUAAGGAAAAACAACAAAAUUGUGAAUCUUAGUCGUGCUUUACAUGUUUUGGAUGAUCUGCAAGUGCUGUGCCAUAGUCUACUGGACAUUCUAGCCUAUGGAGGUGUGAACCCAUGAACCAUGUAUGAGACGCAUAGAAACACACCUAAAAAUGACUUUGUUUUUUUUUGUGCAUUUCAAUGUUUUAGAGCAGCUUUUUAAUUGUCGGUGUCACCUGCCUAACCAAGUUCAAAUGUUUUGUUUUUCGUAUAUUGUGCAUUGGUUACUACGACUGUGCAUUAAAAUGGUUAGAUGUUGAUUUCUGUAACGGGUCUUUUGCUUCGUAUAAAGUGACUGUUCAGCCUUCAAAAUAAUGUGACACUUGAUGUUCUGAUUAUUUUUGUUUACAUCAUAUUACAAAAUAUCUGCGGAGCAAAUCUACAGCAUUUGCCGCAGAGUGUUACUGACUAACAACACUGAAACAUCCUGCAGGGACUUGAAUGAACUCAUGAAUAAGCACUGCCAAACUAUUCCUCCUUUUGAAUGUUAUUUGUUCUAACUGUUAGUCUUUGGAAACAUUAUUGCUUUUUUGCUUGAUGUAUUUGUUUUUUUGAAUGGUUUGGCAAUGUCUACCUGAAAUGAACUGAAGUGAGUGCAGAGCACAAAAUAGACUGCAGAGUACCAGAUCUCCAA